GAGCGAGAGAGGGAGAGAGAAUGGGGAUGACGUACGCAGCGCAGCGCAGAGAUCGGAGUUGAUCCGUAGACACUGGAGGAGCAGCGGAGAGAGCAAGAAACGAGUGCUGGUCUGUUUGGAGAAGUCACCCCGCCAUGCGUGAAUACAAGCUAGUGGUGUUGGGCUCGGGGGGCGUGGGGAAAUCCGCGCUGACAGUCCAGUUCGUUCAGGGAAUUUUCGUGGAGAAGUACGACCCCACAAUAGAAGACUCCUACAGAAAGCAAGUGGAGGUGGACGGGCAGCAGUGCAUGCUGGAAAUCCUGGACACGGCAGGGACAGAGCAGUUCACGGCGAUGCGGGACCUGUACAUGAAGAAUGGACAGGGCUUCGCGCUGGUCUACUCCAUCACGGCACAGUCCACCUUCAACGACCUCCAGGACCUGAGGGAGCAGAUCCUACGAGUGAAGGACACGGAGGAUGUGCCCAUGAUCCUGGUGGGGAACAAGUGUGACCUGGAGGAGGAGCGGGUGGUGGGGAAGGAGCAGGGCCAGAACCUGGCCCGGCAGUGGAACCACUGUGCCUUUUUAGAGUCUUCGGCAAAGUCCAAGAUCAACGUUCUCGACAUCUUCUAUGACCUGGUCAGACAGAUAAAUAGGAAAACGCCAGUGGAAAAGAAGAAAGCGAAGAAGAAAUCCAACUGCGUGUUGCUCUAAGACUUCCUCCAGCAUCAGCUCUGAGCCAGAUCGCUGUAAUGAAGAACUGUUGCUCUAUUGGAACGUGCCUACAUUCCAACUCCAUCAGUGAAGGAAAAAAAAAAAAAGGACAUCGGAAGAGAGAGAGAGAGAAGUGGAUUUGUUACGACCAACUUUCAACAUGUCUCACAAAGUCCUCUCAGCUUUUUCUACCAGCCUGAAGAACUAUUUGGAUUUUUUUUUUUUUUUUUUUUUGUCAAAACCACCAGAAACUCUGGCCUCUGAAAUGGCUGCUCCAUUUUCUCCACCACCAUCGUUUUUUAAAAGCAAAUGAAAGCUGAGAGAGAGAGAGACUGCGGUAUUUCUUCCUUGCAGUAGCUUAUUCAGAGACAUGGACGGAUUGAAUUUAGUUGUACGACGGUAAAAUACGUAAACCUUCGGACCGGUAUGGACUCGUGUUGGUGUGAUUAUAGAUAUUUUGCAAGUCGAAAUCCAGUUGAAAUACGCCCCUUUUUAAAAAACGAGAAUUCUCUGCUCUCCGCUCCAACGGUGUCGACGGUAACAGAUCAAAACGCCAUAUAUUUUUGUGUUCCUGAAAACCACGGACUUCCUCGUCUGAAAACACCACCUUUCUAAAGCGACGUUAUUUUAUAUAUAAAGCCACACUGCUUUCAUAUCUCCCAUAAUAUAUUUCCGGUUCCCUUCAGCAUCAAAAUGCUUUAGAAGAGAAGGGUCUUUUAUAAUGAGAAAUUGGGGAGGGGGAUAAUGAAGAGUUGAUUUCUAUGUCUUGAAGCUCAGAUAUAUUCUACUAAACCAACUCUAAUAUUGCUUCUUGUCUUCUUCCUGUCAACAGUAAUUUUUCUUGCUCUUCUGAAUGAUAUGAAUGAUUAAAUUUUAGUACAUUUUCAUUAUUUUGGUCAUUGUAUUUAAUUUUAUUCAUGUUCGAAUGCAGCUUGGUAACUAGGUAUUUAUUUGUUUGGACCUGUUUGUGCGUUAUUGCCUCAUAUAAGAUAAUAAACAUCCCCAAUGCGAGUGACUUCUUUAUAAA